CCUCCGCAGCACGUUCACACACACAGCUCGCAGCACCAGCACCCAGCUCCCAUCGACCUCAGCUAGCUCACUCUCUCACUCCACUCUCUCUUCCUUCGGCGUCUGUCAACCGAUCGAUCGAGAUGGACGCGCUGUGGAAGCAGGGUUCGUCGUCGUUGUGUGACUGGCCGGCGGCGGAGGCGGAGCUGCUGCGGCGGGGGCCGUGGACGGUGGACGAGGACGCGCUGCUGGCGGGGUACGUGGCGGCGCACGGCGAAGGGCGGUGGAACGAGCUGGCGCGCGCCGCGGGGCUCCGGCGCACGGGCAAGAGCUGCCGCCUCCGCUGGCUCAACUACCUCCGCCCCGGGGUGCGCCGCGGGGACUUCACCCCGCGGGAGCAGCUGCUCAUCCUCGACCUCCACGCGCGCUGGGGCAACCGCUGGUCCAAGAUCGCCGCGCACCUGCCGGGCCGCACCGACAACGAGGUCAAGAACUACUGGCGGACAAGGGUGCAGAAACACGCCAAGCAGCUGGGAUGCGACGUCGGCAGCCACCGGUUCCACGACGCCAUCAGGAACCUCUGGAUGCCGCGCCUCAUCGAGAGGAUCCACGCCGACGAGACAUCAGCCACCGCCGCCGCCGCCGCUGCCGCUGCCGAUAACGUCUCUCGCUACUACUCGUCCACGAGCCCAUCGCACGAGCUGUCGUCGUCCCAACCGGCGGCGGCGUACGGAAACGCUGUGCCCGUCGGCAACUGCGCGCGCGCGCCGUCCCCGGACGCGUCGUCGAGUGUCACCGGGUCGUCGUGGUCACGGGAGGCGUCGCCGCCGUCGCAGCUCCAAUCGAGCAGCUGCUCGACCAUGGCGGGAUGCUCUACUUCUACCGACCAAUGCCACAACAACGGAUGCUCCAGCGCCACGAGCGUCGUCGACAUGUUCGACGAGAGCUGGUCGGAGCUUCUUGCUCGCGCCAACCAUGACGACACGGAAUUCGGAUUCGGAUUGGGAGAAACCGGAGACAACUGGUGGAGCUUGGAGGAUAUCUGGGAACAACCGCUUUACUGAUCGAUCCAUGCAUACUUUUGUACUACUAUACGUAUGCUACUGCCUGAGACUAAUGACCAAAUUAUUUCUAGUGUCAUCUGAUUGAGAAUUCAUUGAUCAGAGAAGCUAACAAAUAAAGAUGAUUUAAUUCAAUGAGUGCUCUAAACCUUUUUUUCCUUA